AAACUCCACCCCGAGGGAAGGCGGUGCGGAUAAAGGCUCGGGGGCCGCCCGCUCAGCCCCAGACCGGCUCCGCCACCGCGUACUCGGCCCGGACGUGGGUACACUCAGGACAGCUGGGACCUCGGACGAUCCGCUCCCGAUCCUCUGGCGGCGGCGGCGGCGGCUGUUGCUAAGGGAGGGGACGCGAGGGGAAGCACGGCCCGAGUAGCAGACAUCCCUGAGCGCGGCUGGGUGAGCGGCGCCCCCUCUUCUGGGACCCUUCCCCGAGCCCGCCGCCCUGGAAAGGAGUUGGGAGUGUAGUCCCCACCUAGGAAGGCGCCCCGGCGAGCCGACGCGACCUCGGAGCUCUACUCGGAUUUUUGAUUUCUGAUUCACCUUCCACUCCUGGGACCUUCUCCAAAGCGACGCUCGCUGCCCCCUGCUUCCAGGGACGCAGAGGAAACCAGUUUGGGAUCUCUCCCCCAACCCGCUCUGCCCGGAGGCGCGGCGAGAAUUGGCGGCGCCCCGCGGACCCCAGCCCCUCAGCGCGGGCCGGGGAUGGAGCCGCAGCCCGGCGGCGCCCGGAGCUGCCGGCGCGGGGCCCCCGGCGGCGCCUGCGAGCUGAGCCCGACGGCCGAGACGGCGCCCAUGAGCCUGGCCAUCCACAGCACGACAGGCACCCGCUACGAGCUGACGGUGCCCCCCGACGAGACGGUGGAAGGGCUGCGCAAGCGGCUGUCCCAACGCCUCAAAGUGCCCAAGGAGCGUCUGGCGCUGCUCCACAAAGACACCCGGCUCAGUUCGGGGAAGCUGCAGGAGUUCGGCGUGGGGGAUGGCAGCAAGCUGACGCUCGUGCCCACCGUGGAGGCGGGCCUCAUGUCUCAGGCCUCCAGGCCAGAACAAUCUGUGAUGCAGGCCCUGGAGAGCUUGACGGAGACCCAGCCCCCAGCGGCUCCCGACCUGGGCCGGGCUGGCGGAGGCGGCUUCCGGAAAUACCGAUUCAUUUUAUUUAAGCAUCCGUGGCACCGACAGGGACCCCAGAACCCACAGAGGGGCGGCGAGAGGCCCCAGGUCAGUGACUUCUUGUCAGGCCGUUCGCCGCUGACCCUGGCGCUGCGUGUGGGGGACCACAUGAUGUUUGUCCAGUUGCAGCUUGCAGCCCAGCAUGCCCCACUGCAGCACCGCCACGUGCUGGCUGCUGCCACUGCCGCCACCCGCGGGGACCCCAGCAUGACCACCACCCCUGUGUCCUCUCCCUGCCGGCCAGUGUCCAGUGCCGCCCGCGUCCCCCCAGUGCCCACCAGCCCUGCCCCCACAUCCUCACCUGUCACUGCCGGCUCUUUCCGCUCCCAUUCAGCCUCUACCACCUGCCCUGAGCAGAUGGACUGUUCCCCCGCUGCCAGCACCGGUGCCAGCCCCACGUCCCCCACUGGGGGCAGCCCCACCUCCCGCUCCCGCAAACCUGGCGCAGUCAUCGAGAGCUUUGUGAACCACGCCCCAGGGGUCUUCUCAGGGACGUUCUCUGGCACGCUGCACCCCAACUGCCAGGACAGCAGCGGGAGGCCGAGGCGGGACAUCGGGACCAUCCUGCAGAUCCUCAAUGACCUCCUAAGUGCCACACGGCACUACCAGGGCAUGCCCCCAUCACUCACACAGCUGCGUUGCCACGCCCAGUGCACCCCAGACCUCGGCCCCAAAACUACCUCCUGCGAGAAGCUGGCGGCUGCGGCCCCGGCCUCCCUGAGCCAGGCCCGCUUGUGCAAGCCCCCGGGGGACCGGCUGCGACAGACAGAGAACCGAGCCACCCGCUGUAAGGUGGAGCGCCUGCAGCUGCUGCUCCAGCAGAAACGGCUCCGCAGAAAGGCCCGGCGUGAUGCCCGCGGUCCCUACCACUGGCCACCCAGCCGCAAGGCCGGCCGCAGCGACAGCACCGGCAGCGGGGGAGGUGGCGGCCCCAGCGAGGCGGCCGGCUUGGGCCUCGACUUCGAGGACUCCGUCUGGAAGCCAGAAGUGAACCCCGACAUCAAAUCAGAGUUCGUGGUGGCCUAGGAACCCUGUCCCUCGCCCCAGCCCUGGGUGGCCGCCAGUGUGGCCUCGCACAGGAGGGCAGGCUGUCUCUCGGUGCAGCAAGAGGCUCCCCCCUCCCAGUUCCGUGUCCUUCCGGUGGUUUUUUUUUUUUUUUUUCUUUUUCUUUUUUAAAAUUUCAAUUCCUACCAUGGUUUUCCGAACUCUCCGUGGACUUGGGUUCCUGCCUCCUUGAUUCCGCUCACACUCCCCGCCCCUUCCUCCAUUGCCUCAUCCUUCUCCCGACCUGCACUGGGUCCCUCCCGCCCACCUUCCCAAGCUCCAAAUAUGUAGCAGUCUUUCCAGAUGGUUGAGAGAGAGCGGAGACAAGGAAGCCGCCCCCCCCUUCCGUUCUGCCUCCCUCCCCACUCCUUUCAGGUUUAAGUCAAAAACGUAGAUGCCUCAUUAUGCACUUUACAGACAGGGGAGGGGGCCGCGGAGAGGAGAGCCCCCACCGCAAACCCUGGCUCUGAAACCACCGGGCGAGGAACCCCGCGGUCAGGUGCGCGUCAACCGCGACCAAGCCCAUGACUGCCAGGGAUUGCUUCUCUUCCAUGUUCGAACUCUUGUUCCUGAUUUCCUUUUCCAUGUUCCUUUUUCCUGGAAAAGAAAAGAAAAGCCGUUUCAGGGGAGAGGCUGGCCAGAGCCUGCCUUGGGGUGCGGGCUGGGGACCCUUUCCUGCCAGGAAAGGAAAGGGGGGGAGGAGCCUGCCGCCAGCCUUCGCCGCCGUCCACGCACUGUGCGUUUCCUCCCACCCCACCCCGUUUUUCUGCGCUUGGGGUAUUUAUAGACUAUUAAUUUUCUGACUGAGCCAAUAGUGGUUGGGAAUCUCUUGAAAAAUAGAGAAAUGGCUGGGGUGGGGGGGCCGGGGUUGAUGCCCCACCCCUGGCUCUUCUUCCCACCCAGCCUGAGGGAUCUGGGCCUGUGGACUGUGUCUGGGGGGCCCUUCAGCAGCCAGGAGGGGCGGGGGUGCUGAGCUGUGAAACCCCCACUAGGGGCAACGCUGUGUAGCAUUAACCCCCCCGUGGGGGGGGGGGUUCGCUGCUGGUCUAAUUUGGACCCCCCCCACUCACGCCCCUGUCCCAGGGGCAUCCCCAGGGCAGAGGGGCAGACCUCCCCAUUAUUGGGGCCAUUUCAGUGGGGGUGGAGUUAUUUUUUCAUUCACUUAUUUUUUACUGAUAAUGGAGAUGUUUGGGCCCUGCCCCCCACCUGUCAGUCUUGUCCUGGCCCCGCCCCUCUGCUGCGCAACACUCCCCCCACCCUCUGCCUGCCCCUCCUUGUUAGAUGAACCCCAGGUCCUCACCCUACCCCAGGUUAUGUGUUAAAGUUAAUGGUUUCAGAUGUGAACAUCUUGUGUUAACUGUAGCUCUGUACAUUUUUUGUGGGGGGGUGGGGUGGGAGGACGGGGGGGGGGGUCGGGAGGGGGUCAAGGAUUUUGUUUUUAUUUUCAUUUUUCCAAAAAAAAAAGGGGCGGGUUUGUUUUUGAAACGCUGUCUUGGAUAUCUAUUUAAUGUGUGUUCUGAUGGUUUUUUUUUUUUUUUUUUUUUUUUUUUAACGAUUUUUAAAUAACAGUAUGUGCCUCCGCUGGUCUGAGGGUGGAGGCCCCAGGCAGGAACUGUCCACCCUUUCUGCCCUAGGGAGGGCCCCUCCCCUCCCCAGAAAGCAUUACCCACCUUGGAGGGGAGGUCGGUCUGUGGGGUGUCCCAGCACCUUGCGGGAGUUUCCUGUAUGAAAACAUGAAAUUGGAAAAGAAGCCUACACAAACACGGUGACUUCAAGGAAUAAACAAAAUGAAACACAA